UUCACUGUUUCAGUCUCUGCUCCACACUUCAACCUCAGUCGACUGUCUACUGUUCUGCCUUUUUGUUGAAUCCCUCAAUGGAUUGAGCCUGAUUGAUCGUAAUGAGUUUGGGGAGCUUAAACGUGGCUGGAGCAGCACUGGGAGCGGCCUUCUCACUCCUCCUCUGUGCCUCGAUUAUACAAGGGUUCCGGCUGGAUGUUGAGAGGCCACGUUUUGUCACAAGAGAAGCCGUGGUGGGCCAGAACAUCACCUUACAGUGUUCCGUGGAAAACCUGCCUGACCUCAACAUUGUCAAUAUUGAAUGGAGGAAGAAAAACAAUGAAACCAAGCUGGCUCUGUUUGGCGAAGGCCAUGGAGUUCGUUUAUUUUGGCCUAAUGUCACAUUUACAUUACGUUAUGAGAAUGCAAGCAAGUUGAUGGUGUCCCAUCUACAGCUUCCUGCGGUGAAUAAAUGGGACAGCGGCAUCUAUAUUUGUGAUAUUGGAACUUUUCCAUACGGCUCCUUCAGGUGGGAGACGGAGCUAAAGAUUAAAGAUGCUGUUGAGAUAACGUGUGACACCAACAGCAGUUUGGAAGUGGGUAAUGGACAGAAUGUGACAAUUCACUGCCGAGCUUCCCCUGAUGCACAGUACAGAUGGACCAAGAACGAGGAGCUGUUGUCACAGAAUGAAUCUCUGGAGCUCUUGUGGGUGACUGAUGCUCACGCAGGAGUUUACACGCUGACUGUCUCCACAGGAAAUGAAACUGUGCAUAAGGAGUUUACCAUCGCAGUACAAACAGCAACCACACAUGCAAAGACAGAUCCCACAACAGUGUCGACUCAGUCCUACGUAACGGAAGAGAGUUUUUCGGUACCUGCGGACACCAGCUCCACCACAUCCCCGACCACUGGGCUUUUAACCACUGACGCCAAUGUAACUUGGACCACGGCUAAUGUGAGGGACGAUAAUCCAGAUGCGACCACAGCCGGGGAGGACGUCACCUCUUUUACAAGUCCUACACAUUUCAGUGUCACAACAUCCCCUGUCACACAAACUGACCCCUAUCCCUCUGCUACAUUAAGUCCUGGUGGUGCAGUGUUCACGUCCACACAGGAAGCGGCCAGCGACAGGAACUACGAGUACGAGGACAUUUCUUUAUCAAUCAGGCCACAGGGUGAGUCCAGCACCUCUGGAAAAAGUACAGAACAGUAUGAACGCCCCGGUACAACCCCGACACUGAACACUGGAAACAAUGGAACAGGAAAUAAAGACGCAGCGCGGACUCAUCUGGCCGUGUUAAUAAUCGUUCCAGUGCUGGUUCUGAUCGCCGUGGCUGGAUUUCUGUACCGGAGACGAAUUAUAAAACAAAGGAUGUCCCUGCCGCCUCCGUUCAAACCCCCCCCCCCUCCAGUGAAGUACUCAGCUGCAACACACCAUGAGAUGUACAAACAGACCGUACCCACUUCAAGGUGCAACUCGGGAGCGGAAUUUGGAUCAAAUGUUUAUUAACGUAUAAGCAGUUGAUAAAUUGGAUAUUGGGUUAUUAUUCUUAAGGGUACAAUAACAAGAUGUAUUAUUAAGAGUAAGAAUUAAGAACUCGUAAAAUUUGGGGGUGACUCCCGUCGAAGGGGAAGAGCCAGGUUGUUGUUUUUUUUACUUUUUGUGACAUAAUAAGUGGAUGAUAAUUCAAAAGUUUGGCAUAUUUAAAAGGACUGUGAUUUAAGAGUGUGCAGCUUCAUGUGUGUCGGCGGAGGUUUGUGGUCCACUGGGUAACAUUCAAGUCGUCAGAUGUGAUGAGUUUCAACUGCAGUUAAAUGUGGAUAAUGUAUCAUGGGUGGGUGGGGUUGGUUCUAUGCUUUCGUGUAUAAAUAAUAUUUGAAUGCUUGGUUUAAAAAAAAGCCUUUUUUCUGUUGUAUUAAAUGUAUUAAAACUAUGUAUGUACAGUAGAUUCUAAGAUGUGAAAAUAAAAGUUGGUUUCAUUUGA